UCUCUCCCUCUUAGUCAUAAAAUAAUAAACACACUAAACACACGUUCAAUUCCCCAACAGAUAUUGAUAUAUAUAUAUAUAUAUAUCAGACAUAUACAUAUAUAGCUAUAGCCACACAUACCUUCAUAUAUCAGACUCUCAGAGAGAGAUAAGCGGCCUAUUACAUCGAUCGAUCAGAGGACGAAGGGAGAUGGGGAAACAUUCUUGUUGUGUGAAGCAGAAGCUGAGGAAGGGCCUGUGGUCGCCCGACGAGGACGAGAAGCUCUUCAACUACAUGACUCGGUAUGGAACAAACGGGUGCUGGAGUUCCGUCCCCAAGCUCGCCGGUUUGCAAAGAUGCGGGAAGAGCUGUCGACUUAGGUGGCUGAACUACCUGAGACCCGACCUCAAGAGAGGCACAUUUUCGCAGGACGAGGAAGAUCUCAUCAUCAACCUCCAUAAAAUUCUUGGGAACAGGUGGGCGCAAAUUGCGGGGCAAUUACCCGGGAGAACAGAUAAUGAGAUUAAAAACUUCUGGAACUCGUACCUGAAGAAGAAGCUAAUGAAGCAAGGCAUCAAUCCAGCUACCCACCAGCCACUCGCCGAAGUCCAGGUGAAAGAGGAGAAUGACGAAUCACUUCUUCAACCGCAAGAGGAAGUUCGAACAGUAUCCAGCUUAAGGGCACGCGAGCCAACAUUCCUCGUCAAUGAUACACUCGCUGAUCACCAUAACAUCGGACUAGUUGAUUCAUCGAGAGGAAUGAACGGAUCGGCGCUUGAAUAUUCUUUACCUUUCUUUGAAUGCCAAGCAGGUCUCGACCCAGAUUUAUGUAACCCGAGCUUGAUGAUGAGUCAGUACCAUUCAAACUCGAGGUCAAUAUUCGACAACCAGAACUGUAUAGGCACAAGCCCAGGGAUCAAAUUCUCGUCCAUGCCAAGCCUGACUAACUAUGAAAAUUCGACCUCCAAGGAGUGUUCCAGCAACAGCUCGAAUAUCAGCAGUUACAGCAGCGGGAUUCAGGUGAACGACGCAUCGGAAAAUGAAGCCUUCGAUUGCCUGUUUCAGUUUGCAGUCAAGUCCAAAGACGACUUGAACCCGAGUUCAUGGCAACUGGAGGAGGAGCAUCUGGUGAUUGAUGGCAGCUCAGUAAACUUCAAUAGCUACCAGUUAACUUCACUAUCAGAAGAUUUCACGAGGACGGGCUUUGGCAUAUUCGACCAAUUGUAAGAUCCUAAUACCUCUGUAUAUCCGAGAUGAGCACAUAAUCUUUUUCUCCGUCUCCUCGUCGGACGAAGGGAGUACUGAUUUCACUACAAAAUUAAGUCGAGAUAUGGGUCUCGGCUUACAAUAUACUCGGAGAUUUCGAAGUUAAGAGAGAGAUAUACACAUACAUGUUGACAUUUAAUACACAUAUUACAGGGAGAGAAGUUUCUUCUGAAAGGUUUGAGAAAUAAAAAAAAAAAAUUCUUUUCUUUUCUUUUUAAAUAUUUUUAGUGCUGAAUUUGUAUUAUUCUCCUUGUUAUCUUACAACUUUGUUUCCUAUAAGGACUUAAAGAAAAUACAUAUUUUUUUGGAGGUCUAUUA